UUAGUUCAGUUUGACACAUUUUCCCUCCUCAUCAUUCCGGAAGUGAAGAAGACGAAAAGACGCAAAUGAGAACAAAGCCGAGAACAAAGCGGAACCUGAGAGACCUAAAAGUGGAAGAUCAAACCCACAAUGUGGUCUUCCCUUCUCAGCAACAUCCCGACUCUGCUUGCGUCUUUAGGUCCACAAGAGAUGAUAAACCAUUCCAUUUUACCCUCAAAGUCCAAUCUUUUUCGUUUCUGAAGGCCGCACUUGCUAAGUCUCAGCGUCAUAGAUAUGAAUCCCACAGCUUCGAUGUCGGCGGUUAUAAAUGGAAAUUAGCUCUUUAUCCUAAUGGAGAUGUGAAAAGAAAUGGGCGUGCUGAUCAUAUAUCACUCUAUUUGGUAUCUGCUGUUGACUAUAUUUUAUCUACUAAUUCAGAGGUCAAUGUUGUGUUUACAUUUCUAAUUUAUGAUAAUCUCAAAGACAAGUAUUUGACAGUUCAAGAUGGGAAAAUAAGGUGUUUUCAUGCGAUGAAGACAGAGUGGGGAUUUGAAAAGCUGGUUUCACUUGACACUUUCAAUGAUGCUUCAAAUGGAUUAUUGGUUGAUGAUUGUUGUGUAUUUGGUGUUGAUAUUUUUGUUAUGAAAUGCAAUGAUAGGAAAGGGGAGGUCCUUUCUUUGAUCAACCAACCUACAAAUAACAAAUAUACAUGGAAACUAAACAACUUUUCCCAACUAGGUUCAAUUUUCAAGGAAUCUAAUCCCUUUACAGUGGAGAGCUACCCUUGGAAGAUCCAGUUGUAUCCAAGAGGAUGCUCGGAAGCGAAAUCAGGCUUCUUGUCCAUGUACCUGAUGUUUGAUAGUUCAAAUGAGCUUCCACAAGGUUCUCAAGUAUACGUGGAAUAUGAGAUGGCUAUGUUAAGUCAACUUGAAGCUGCACCAGAAAAAAAAAACUUAUAAUUAAUUGUUGGUUUGGAUUUGGUGCUAAUGAAGCUGGCAGCGGCUGGGGUACUCCAAACUUCUCGUCAUUGAAUGUUCUUCAAGAACCAACGAAAGGAUAUCUUGUGAAUGACACUCUAGUUGUUGAGGUGAAAAUUAAUGUCAUCUCUACCUUAAAAAAAAUCGUAUAGAAGGGAAACAUUGGUUUUGUGAUUAUAUUGUUUUCUUAAUAUUGCAGUCAUUUUCGAGAUUAGUGGAAAAGAAAUGUAAGUGAAACAUGUUAGUCUGAUAACAUUUAAGACAGCUUUUGCCAGUUCCUCUUUUGUGGGUAAAUAUAUGGGAUUUCUUGUUCGAUGUG